ACAUAGAACUGAACAAUGUUACGAUAUAUUCUUCUCCUCGCUGUAGCUGUUAUUGCUAUUCAGGCUCGAUCACCACCAAACCCGUGCUUUAAUAAACCGCUAUGCAUGAUGUAUUGUAAAUAUGGUAACCACGUCGACCAAGAUGGCUGUGCUAUUUGUAAAUGUAAACAACCUCCUCACUGUGAGCCUGUAAAGUGUAGAAUGAACUGUGAUGGUGGAUUCAAAGUUGGCGCUGACGGAUGCCAGAUUUGCAAAUGCAACUAACCACCUCGAUUUGGGUAGGCAUCCAAAAGAUGAUGGGCAAACUGCAUGUGUUCAGAAACUUACAGAGAUAUAUUUAAACGGAUAUUUAUAUAAUAAAAUUAUUGAAGUUUA